CGCGGGCCGGCACCACAGAGUGUGCGGGCUGUGUUCGAGAACGUUUAAUAUCGGGACGGCUGAAAGAAACAUAGAAACAAAUCAAAUCCUCCAAACACACCGAUUCCAGGAUAAGAUGAUGGCUUUUGGUUCCUCUGGCCAGAACUUGGUUCCAAUUUCUGAUCUUCAUCCAACCUCAGCACGACCUAAUGUGGCUGGAAUAGUGAUUGGUAAAAUUGAUGCGAAAGGAUUUCCAGACCGAAAAAACAUUGGAACAGAAAGAUACACUUUUACUUUCACAAUUCGGGAUUGUCCAGUUUACUUCAUCAAUGUAGUUUCAUGGGGGAGAGAAGAAUAUGUAAGAGGGCUCUCAAACAGUUUCCGAAUUGGGGACUGCGUUGUAAUUGAAAAUCCACUAGUACAAGCCAAGGAUGUGGAAAAGGAGGAAAGAUUCAGUCCAUCUACUUCAAGUAGCUAUAAACUUCUAGUCAGUGAGAACUUUUCAACAGUGAGAUUGUGCCACGAUCUGGAGCUUGAAUCCAGGCUUCUCUCCCUGUUGCAUUUGCCUGUGAAAGAUCCUCAGGAUUAUUAUUCACUUGGAGAUAUUGUUCAUAAUGGCCAAAGCCUGAAUGGAAGCAUUAUCAAUAUACUGGCAUCAGUCAGAUCGGUAGGGGAGCAGAAGUAUUUUACUACUGCAGACAGAAGAAAAGGACAGCGAUGCGAAGUAAAACUGUUUGAUGAAACUGUGCCUUCAUUCCUUAUGAGCUGCUGGGAUAAUGAAUCUAUACAGCUUGCACAGACAUGGAUACCCAGGGAAACAGUACUGUUCAUAGCUGAUGUACGAGUAAAUUAUGAUAGUUUUCGCAACACCAUGGCUGCCACUGUGAUCUCUAAAACCAUAAUUACAACAAAUCCUGACACAAAAGAAGCCAAUCUGCUGUUUAACUUUGCCAAAGAGUAUGCAGAAAACGAUGAAGUAGAUCCAGAACAAAGGAAUGAAUCAAUUAACUUACAAUCUAUUGUGGAUGUCUUCACUGUACAGCAGUUAAAAAAUAAACCAAUGGACAAUGUUGGCAAGGCAGAACCUAUCUAUGGAAUCAUAUAUGCUUAUAUUAGUAUGUUUAACAUUGAUUCUGACAAUUCAAAGAUAAUAAAAUCUAAAUGUGGCAGGUGCAGAUUUUUGAUUGAUGUUGGUUCGAAUGUAUGCACAAAUCCUUCCUGUUCAUCUGGCACACUGAGUCCCUCAAGUAUCAUCACCAGUUUUGAUUUCUGGGUGGAUGUGUCUGAUCAUACUGGUACUCUUCAAUCAUGUAACUUAUCAGGAAGCACAGCUGAAAAAACUCUUGGCUAUACAACCCAUGAGUUUUGCAGUUUAACAGAAGAGCAGAGGACAUCAUUAAAAUGGAAAUUCCUUUUGGAGAGGUGCAAGAUUUAUCUAAAGUUACUUGCAUCAGGCAGUGCAAGAAAUGGUGUGAGAACAAGCCUACUUUCCUGCAAAGUAGCUGAUCCUGAAGAGGCCAGUCAGACUUUGUCCACGUUAGCAAUUUUCUGA